CUACUAUGGGGUAACUGGCCCCUAGUAAUAGGUUUUUGGUUUUACUUACAUUUUGGAGUAUAAUGCUUAAUUUAUAUGUGUUGAAAAAGACUGGCAUUUGUAAAUAAAAAUCCAAGGUAAUAUAUUGCUAAAUUAGAAUGAAUAUUUCUAAGUAACAACCAACAACUUGAAAAUAUGAUAUUCAAAGUAUCAUUAUGUUGGACUGACAUGCUAAAUCUAGUUCUGAAUGUCAAUUGUGCUUAGAACAUUUCAACGGACGUUGUCUUGAUCUUUCUCCUCUGGAAAGGCCAUGCGGCAGGGUCACUAUCGCUACAACCGAAUAGGAUUGUCUGCCAGGCUACAGGCCCUAUUGGAGGGCCCUGAUAUCCGUAAGCUAACAUUGCCUUCUGGAAUCCCUGCUACUGUGGCUGAGCUUGGCACAAUUGUGAAAGAGACAUUUCAUCUUAAAAAAUAAUUUGUUCUACAGUACAUAGACAGUGCAUUUGGAGAUCAGUUAUUUUAUUUUCUUGAUACUGAAGACCAAAAGGAUGAAGACACCAUCAAAGUGGAUGACCUUGACUCCCCACCUCUUAUUACUUUAAAUGUACAUCAACUCAAUAACAGCUCCACAGAGACAUCUGAUGAGAGGGGCUCCCGUGGAUCACGUGAUACUGUCCUCUCCAGAAAGUACCUCUUCCCAACGCUCCCGUCCGUGGCCAUCUGAGUCUGAAGUUCCUCGCUUUGCUUAUGAUACAGAGCUCAUUCUUGAGGCAGCUAAUAAAGCACACAUGAAGGAUGGAACACUAAUCAACAAUCUGUGAAACCAGCCAUCCUGGAAAAACUAAAAGGAUCUUCCAGUUAACAGCCUACAUAUUUGUAGGUUGCAGAAGCUUUGGUAAAAAAAAGUACCCAUGUCUUAUAGAGUCUGGGUCCUUCUCAGGCCUGUAUGGAUGGCAAACCAGCCUGAAGUACAACAUGGGCAAUUACAAAUCGAAACUGAGAGGAAUUGGUUGCCCAGAACUGGAAGUGAACUCUGCAAAGAGAAAAUUACCAGAGGACAGGCCCGUUGCCAAGACCAUAAAAAAAAAACUAAGAAGGCGGAGGUAAAUGACCUCCAAGAUAUCGUUCAGGCCCUUCCUGUGAAGGACUUCAAAGAAAGACGGCCAGCCCUGUUCCAGCCCACUCAGGAAGAAUUCAGAAGAAUUACAACCCUUGCUCUUGAGUCCAACGUUAUGCAGAAGCUAGACGAAUUUACACCAAAACAAUUGGACUUGUUUAAGUCAAAAGGAGGUGCUGUAAAGGCAGACAAGCAGAGAAUCAUUGAAGUUCUGUACAGGUGUAAUACCAUCCAGGAAAGAAGAGACAGUGUGAUCCUUGGCUUGAUCAUACACCUCUGCAAGAGGGUUGAAGACCUUAUCACAGAAUACAAGGAUGCUGACGACACCAUGAUCCGAGAGGACCUCGUUCAGCAGGUGAUGAAGGUGUUCACUGUGAAGGAUCUGCACCAGAAUGUAGAGCAUGGGAUCUGCACCAGAAUACAGAGCAUGGGAUCUGCACCAGAAUACAGAGCAUGGGAUCUGCACCAGAAUAUAGAGCAUGGGAUCUGCACCAGAAUGUAGAGCAUGGGAUCUGCACCAGAAUGUAGAGAUGGGAUCUGCACCAGAAUACAGAGCAUGGGAUCUGCACCAGAAUACAGAGCAUGGGAUCUGCACCAGAAUACAGAGCAUGGGAUCUGCACCAGAAUGUAGAGCAUGGGAUCUGCACCAGAAUGUAGAGAUGGGAUCUGCACCAGAAUACAGAGCAUGGGAUCUGUAUCGAAGGAGCAGAGGUCCUGGCUGGUGAAGUCAUAAGAGACAUUGUCAAUUCCUGUUUAAAAAAAAACUGCUUUGUUUUAAAACUUACUCCAUAUGCACUAGUGGAUAUCUGAGACUACUUGUCAGGUGCAGCUAUCUGGAUGUAACUUUACCUAAGGAGACAAGGUGGAGUUAUACCCAGAAUGCUAAAACCUGUCAAAAUAAUAUGUCCAUGCGGGCUUCACUUGUGCAUAUGGAGUCAGGUUUAAGGGACAAUUUGGCAUAUAUUGCGUAACAAUAUGUGCAAUGUAUGUUUUGAAAACCCAUGUUUUCCUUAAUCUAAAACAGUUUGAAUGAGGUUGUAUUUGAGCUAAAGUUCAUAUUGUGCUUUGUGUAAAGUAUGUUAAGAAAUCAUUCAUUUACGUUUCUGUUAAAAUAUUGCUUUGUUGUUAAGGGGCACACAGACCACCAGAAAUGUCUUGCCAAACUGUACAAGAUGUGAGGUCAAAGUGCUAAUUCCAAGCUAUCACCUAAACUUUAUGCAGUUGUGAAGAUCUAAAAUGAUUUGUAGUCAGGUGCAAGCAAUCUGGAUGUAACUUUACUUAAGGAGGAAAGGUGUAGUUAUACCCAGAAUGCUUACAGAUGACAAAAUACGAUUGCCUAAGGGGUAGGGUUUAAGGGACAAUUUGAGAUUGAAGUUUGAAGAAAUUAUAACAUUUGAACAUUUAUUUUAUUAAAAUAAAGAUGUGGAAGUUUGAAGUUGAA